AUGGUCAGAGUCUCCGUUUUGCAAGAUUGUUUGAACAACAUCAACAACGCUGAGAAGCGUGGAAAGAGACAAGUUCUCGUCCGUCCCUCCUCCAAGGUCAUUGUCAAGUUCUUGUCCACUAUGCAAAAGCAUGGUUACAUUGGCGAGUUCGAAAUCAUUGAUGAUCACCGUUCCGGUAAGAUUGUUAUUCAACUUAACGGCCGUAUCAACAAGUGUGGUGUCAUCUCUCCCCGUUUCAACAUCAAGCUCCCUGAGCUCGAGAAGUGGACCGCCAACUUGUUGCCUGCCCGUCAAUUUGGUUACUUGGUCUUGACUACCUCUGCUGGUAUCAUGGAUCACGAAGAGGCUCGUCAAAAGCACGCUGGUGGUAAGAUCCUUGGUUUCUUCUACUAA